GUGUCCCGCGCCUGCGCGCGGGUCGCCGCGGGUCCCGAAUACAAGAUGGCGGCGGCGGCUGCCAGGGUGAGGCAGCGGCGCGAUGGCGGCGGGAAGCUGAGCGACCCCCCGCGACCCCGGGCCCCGGCCGCAGUGCCGAUGCUGCAAGAUGGCCAAUGAGAACCACGGCAGCUCCAGGGAGGAGGCUGCCCUCAUGAGCCACUCUCCCAGCACCUCCCACCAGAACCAGCCGAGCUCCCCCAAGGCCGCCCGCCUGGUGCAGGACUUGCCAGAUGAGCUGGUGCAGGCGGGCUGGGAGAAGUGCUGGAGCAAGCGUGAGAGCCGGCCCUACUACUUCAACCGCUUCACCAACCAGUCGCUCUGGGAGAUGCCGCUGCUGGGGCAGCACGACGUCAUUUCGGACCCUCUGGGUCUGAACACCGCCCCGGUGCCUGCAGAUGGGGGAGCCGGCGAAGCAGCCGCGGCCGAAAGCAGGCUGUGGAAGCGGAAGCUGUCCGAGGAAGGCCAGCCCAGCAGCAACCUUGCCAAAAAGCCCAAGAUGGAGGUGCCGGGAAACCCCACAGCUCAGCCUGCCCCGAACAUUUCCAGCACUCCCGGGACGCCGCUGUUGAAGGCCUGGGGCGUCUCUCCCGAAGAGAGGCAGGCGGCUCUCUUGCGACCAACCGAAGUCUACUGGGACCUGGACAUUCAGACCAACGCAGUAAUUAAGCAGCGGGCCCCGGCGGACGUGCUGACCCCUCACCCGGAAGUGGAGCUGCUCCGGUCCCAGCUGAUGCUGAAGCUGCGGCAGCAUUACCGGGAGCUCUGCCAGCAGCGGGAGGGAAUCGAUCCUCCCCGAGAGUCCUUCAACCGCUGGAUGCUGGAGCGAAAGGUGGUGGACAAGGGCUCGGACCCUCUGCUGCCCAGCAACUGCGAGCCCGUCGUGUCUCCCUCCAUGUUCCGAGAAAUCAUGAAUGACAUUCCCAUCAGAUUGUCCCGAAUCAAGUUCCGCGAAGAAGCCAAGCGGCUGCUAUUCAAAUAUGCCGAAGCCGCAAAGCGGCUCAUUGAAUCCAGGAGCGCCUCUCCAGACAGCCGGAAGGUGGUGAAGUGGAACGUAGAAGACACCUUCAGCUGGCUGCGGCGGGAUCGCUCGGCCUCCAAGGAGGACUACAUGGACCGGCUGGAGCACCUGCGCAAGCAGUGCGGCCCCCACGUCUCCGCUGCCGCCAAGGACUCGGUGGAGGGCAUCUGCAGCAAGAUCUACCACAUCUCCCUGGAGUACGUCAAGCGCAUCCGCGAGAAGCACCUGGCCAUCCUCAAGGAGCACAGCAUCUCCGCCGAGGUGGAGCCCCCCGACGUUCAGGACCGGCUGGUGUACUGCUACCCGGUGCGGCUGGCCGUCCCGUCGCCCCCACUGCCCAGCGCGGAGAUGCACAUGGAGAGCAGCCUGGUCUGCGUGCGCUACAAGGGCGAGGUGCAGAAAGUCAGCCGCAGCUACUUCAGCAAGCUGUGGCUGCUCUAUCGCUACAGCUGCAUCGACGACUCCGGCUUUGAGCACUUCCUGCCCCGGGUGUGGUGCCUCCUCCGCAGGUACCAGAUGAUGUUUGGCGUUGGGCUCUACGAGGGCACCGGCCUGCAGGGGGCGCUCCCGGUGCACGUCUUCGAAGCCCUCUACAAGCUCUUCGGGGUGAGCUUCGAAUGCUUCGCCUCCCCCUUGAACUGCUACUUCAAGCAAUACUGCUCGGCCUUCCCGGACACCGACGGCUACUUCGGCUCCAGAGGGCCUUGCCUGGACUUCUUCCCCAUCAGCGGCUCCUUCCAGGCCAACCCCCCCUUCUGCGAGGAGCUGAUGGACGUCAUGGUGACGCACUUCGAGAAACUUCUGGAGGCGUCCAGCGAGCCCCUGUCCUUCAUCGUCUUCAUCCCGGAGUGGCGGGACCCCCCCCCAACGGCCCUCACCCGCAUGGAGCAGAGCCCCUUCAAGCGGCAGCAGCUCAUCCUGCCGGCCUUCGACCACGAGUACCGCAGCGGCUCCCAGCACCUCUGCAAGAAGGAGGACAUGUACUACAAAGCCGUGCACAACACCACAGUGCUGUUCCUGCAGAACAACGCCGGCUUCUCCAAGUGGGGGCCCAGCCCGGAGCGCCUGCACGAGCUGCUCACCGCCUACAAGCACUCGGGGCGCGCCCACCCAGCCGCCUCCACCGCCUCUUCGGCCCCGGACAAGGAGCAGGAGCCGGUCCGGGAGCAGAGCACCAGCCGGGAGUCGACCCCCAACUGACGGGCGGCCAGCGGAGAGGCCGAGGAGGACGAGCGGACCGCUCCCAAGCAGCAGCAGGAGGGCAGGAGGGGAGCGGCUGGCCUCGCCAGGGUGGGACCCGGGGGGCCGGCGGUCCCUGUUGCUCUUGUGCCCCCCCCCCCCAGAUGAGCUGCAGACGCCCUUGGGCUGUGCCCAGCAGAGCGGAGCCUUUCCCAGCUGGGGAGGGCGGGAGAGGCUGGGGGGAGUGGGGCCAGGCUGCACCCCCACGGCAGGAGGUGGGGGAAGCAGGGGGGAGGGUGGGGGGGCUGCUGGUGCACAAUCGGUUGUGUAAAUACGUGUCCCUGUGGUAGCUGCCCUCAUUGCCUCCCCCUCCCCCGUUCUUCCCGUGUGUGCCCGUUGCAUAUUCCCCCCCUGGCGCCGUUUACUGUCCGUCGCAGAGCAGAGGACUUGCGUGUGUGUGUGUGUGUGUGUGUGUGAGCGGAAGGUCUCGUUUCCACCAGAGGCUCCUGGGACGGUUUUGUUCUUGUUCUUUUUUUAAAAACGGUUUAAUUUAACGAAGCUAACCAUUUUACGACUUUUAUGACCGAAAGAGCGAAGGGAAAACGUCUAUUUUGGAUUUUGUUUCUAGUUCUCUUAGGAACAUUAAAACCAGCAUUAUCACCUG